AUGAUUGAAAACUCGUGUCUAUAUCCCCUUCGUAUCUCCGCCAUUUUCCGCCGCCGCCUUCACCAGGUGCUGUGCGUAGCAGCGUUCAUCGUAGACACCUCAUCAGGCUUCCGACUGCAACUCGGCCGCCGCCAAGGCCGCCACCACCUCCAGCAGCCGCCGCCACAACCCCAAUACAUCCCCACCCACCACCACCACCACCCUGCACACCUCCAGCCUCGCGCCCGCCAACUCCAGCUGCCACAUGCCGCCAUGAGGCCACAACUGGCGCCACUCCGCCGCCGCCCUCAACACCCCCGCUACCCACGUCAACCCCAAUUCCGCCCCCUGCAACGCCAACCCCACCUCCGGGCCCCAAUGCGCCCUCGACCCCUGAACGGCGGCCCCGCUCGCAGUGACACCCCAUACCAGGGCUUCAACGACUUCAAUUUCGGCAAGAAUUUCCCCAAGUUGCCAUUUUCCUUCGACGCCAACUUCGGCUACAACGACGAUCCCGGCAAAUAUUUCGACCACAGCGGUCAAUCGCAUCCAGAGGACGAAACCCAAGACGAGGACUAUCAGCCGGAAUAUCGACCAUCGGAGCCACAAGCACCAGGAGUCGCAGCCGCCGCCGCCGCUUCCCCAAACAAGUCCCCCUACGACGAAAUCGCCGACUACGAUCCGUCCCUCGAGGAAGAAGAAGAUUUAGACGAGACACCAAACAGCUACCAGCAGUUGCCGCCAUCCGAGCAGGCGCCUUCACCGGGGCGUCCCUUCCGCCCUUCCCAACCAUACAAUCAAGAAGGAGAUGAAGAAGAAAACGACGGCGACUCUCAAGCUGCGGACAAUGAUUCCUAUCCUUCCCCACACAACGGGCCAAGUAAUGCAGAAAGACCCUUGUACGCUCGUCCCAUCGAUGAAGUCGAAGAUGCGGAGAAAUCAAAACCCCAGCGAUUCAAAAACAAUCAUCAAAAAACACUUCAGGGCCGUCCUAAGUUCCGCCCUAAUCAACCGUAUAAUAUAGAGGAUAACCCGAAGAUUUAUUACCGUGCACCUCAACAGAACCAAGAACCCGAAGUGGAGUACAAGGUGUCCGAUGACAACAUUCCAAAGCAUAUCAAACCCGAGCCAUUUUUCCGCCCGAAAAAUUCCCGCACGAAGCCCCUGCAAGACUCGACGGCGGUCAGCGAAGACGAUGAGGACGACGAUGAAGGCGUCGGCGCCUCUCAAGCAGGAUACAGAUUCAACCAGGGCAAAACAGAGGAGGAUGAUGAUGAAGAAUCAGCAUCCGGAGCGCGGAAUCACGAACGACAGGGUCCCGCGCCGAAUUUCCGCCGGAACCCGAAUCAAUUUCAAAGGAACAGGCCGAGAUUUGGCAGAAGACCGAUUCUCAGGAAUCAGAAUCAAAUGCAAGCGAUAAAACGAAAGGACGAGCAACAGCAGUUGACGAAUCGGAUGGACGUUGCCAGAAAUGACGAACAACCCCAUUCUCCUUACCAACAGUCACAGGCGGAACACCGAGAAAGCUCACCUACAGCAGUAGAGCCGGAACCCAGGGACACCCACUCGUCAGAACCCGACAGCCAGAACCCAUCAUCUUCCGCCGCGGGUAACUCGGGUCAACAGCAGCCCCAGGCUCGACAACGCGACUUUUCCGCCCAACGCGCCCGACUCGAAGCCCUGAGGCAAAAAUUCAAAACCCGACUCAAUCAACGAAUGUCCGCCACGAGUCGGGAAUCACCCGCGGUGGAUAUUGACGUGCAAAAAAUCAUGGAAGCCGCCGGGAAAGAUCAUCAGCCCUACGAAAACAUCGGCGGGUUCAUAGAAGACGAUGUGCACAAUCCGAGAAGGAUAGACGAGUACAACUCGGAGGCGGAAUUCCAGAGCAAACUCGUCGACACUCAAGAUUCGCCAAAUUCCCGGUUAAAGGACAUGCUGAGGAAGAGGAUUAACCAGGAGGAAAUGACCGCCGCCUAGUCGCGAUCUCUGUCACUUCCGGUUUAUUUAUUGGCUCAACGCCCUACCCAAAAAAACAAACAAAACAACCAAAACUCUUCCGACGUCAGUGAACGCGUUUCGCUGUUUUUUUUUUUUGUGGUUGAUUUCCAAAAUUUGCUCUCGAGCCUCGAAGUUGAUUGUUGACAGAAGCCGGGCAAUACAAAAUACGUCAUAUUUUUGAAAAAAAAAAA